AGUGUGCAGUCGCAGUCUUCACCACGCUGUGAGUGCGCAGCACCUUUCACACAGAUCUCUCCUGCUUGGAUCUUAAACCCCACGUUGCAUGAACCUGCAAACCUCUGCUGCUUUUUUCCUCGCCUGUGAUCGACCCUCAGUGUUUCGCUGUGGCUGUUUUCCAGCUGAUAGUCCGACCCGCGGGAAAGCGUCGGGACCAGUGAAGAGAGAAGAAGCUGCGGGAGUGGUCUGGAAACUUUUACCAUCAUGAGCACGCGAGGGGUCGACCUUGAUACCUACAGCCUGUCGCUACUCACGGCCAAAGAGGACAUCCUCAACCCCCGGUCCUCCACUAACUGGGCGAUAUUCACAUAUGAUGGACUCACCAACAAGCUCAAACUUGCUGACUCAGGAGCAGGUGGUGUGGCAGAGCUGGCAGAGAAGUUUCACAUCUCAAAGCCUCAAUAUGGACUGUGCAAAGUGGGAAGCGGGGAGACAGGAGGCCCCCGGAUCGCUCUGAUCAGCUGGGUCGGCCAAAAUGUGGAGGAAUACCGGAAGACUGAGUGUGCCGGACACAUUUCAGCCAUCAAACACUUCUUCAAGGAAGCACAUGCGUUCAUCAGUGCAGAGAAGGUGGAAGAUGUGAGCGAGGAGAAGAUAAGAGAAGAGCUCAGCAAGAACCAGGCUCAGACUCCAGCACAGUGGGUGAGGAGGAGCUCCAGGUCUGCGGACAAGGAGGAAAUAGUGGGUACAAACUACAGAAAAACUAACGCUGCCAUGGAGAUGAGACUCAUAAACCGAGACUCCUUCUGGGCACGUGCAGAGCGCGAGGAGGAAGAGAGGAAAGACGAUGAGAAGAGGCGAGCUGGAGAAGAGAGACGCAGACUUGAAAGAGAAAGAGUCUUAAAGGAAAAGAGGGAUGCAGAAGAAAGAGACAGAAAGAUGAACGAGAAACUACAGAUGAUUGAGAAUCAGAGAAGAAAACAGGCAGAGCAAGACGAAGGGAUGCGCAGGAAAGAGAAAUCAAAAUGGGAAUAUCAGCAGAGGGAGCAUGAGGACUUUAUGAGAGCUCGUCUUAAAAGGAGUGAGUCCAUAGAGAAAGCAGCAGAGGCAGCAGCAUUAGUGUCUCAACGCCCCAUGAACCCAAGAGAGUUCUUCAGACAGCUCUCAUCUUCUUCAUCACAAAGUCCAACCAGCCCAGGAUCCUCCCGCUCAGGCAAACCACUCAGGCGAUACCAGCGCAGCCUGACAGACACAGCCUUCAUUUUCUCAAAAGCCGAGGAGAGCUCGACAUCAUCACCUUACAGCUCCCCCCUUGUCUCCCCCUUCUCCCGUACUUCUCCCUCCCCCAUCUUCCGAGCCACAUCUCCCCCUACUAGCCCAGAUUUCCGCUCUCUCAUCUCUCCAACAAGGCCAAGAGGCCCCAUGUCUCCACCCACUUCACCUUUACGCCCCGCCCCUCCGGUCUCAGCCCUGCCCAGUGUCCCACAAACUAACAACCAACCAGGUUAUGUUGUUGAGGACAAACCAAAAUCACCCACGCAACCUUCUGCACCUCCGGCCUCACCGACUCUCUUUGCUUCCUUAAACAACCCCUCUCAGCCACAUCCAGAAGCCCUGACUGCUUCGCUAAAUAACACCCAAAUCCAUCCGGAGAACUCCGUUUUCUGCUUUGAGUCUGCUGCAGCUCCAAAGGCUCCAACAUCUCCUCUUCCAGAGAGACCACAGACAAACGCGGACCUCAACACAGCCACCCAUAGGCACACUGAGCUGGUCUCAGACAUCGGCUACAAGGUACAGGCUGUACUGGUGGAAGAGGAUGAGGAGGAAGAGGAUGAGAAUGAGGAAGAAAAGGCUGAAACAGAACCAGAGCCUUUUUCUGUAACCGCGGAACUAGUCCACACUGAACCAGAGGAGCAAGAAGAGGAGGAGAAAAAGGAGGGGGAGCAGGAGAGGGACCAGGAGGAAGAGGAGGUUAGACUUCAACAAGACGCUGAGCUGGCCUCACUGGAGAUGGAGAUGGUACCAGUAGAAAUGGUGCAAGUGGAAGAGGAGGCAAUUGAUGAUGAAGAGGAAGAUGACCAAUCAGCAGACAGUAAGGCUGCUCCUGAGCCGGCUGAGCUUUUGGAGAAAGAGGAAGAGUCUGCAGUCAUAGAUGCAGAGUCCAUCUGUGAAGAACUCAAACAUGAGACAAUCGUCAAGUCAACCAAUGGGAUCACAAAUGGAGACAUGCAACAACAGAACGGCAUAGAGCGAUCUUUGAGCCAAUCAGACACUGAACUCAGCUCCCCUGAGCUCGCUGUGUGCUUCGAUGUACAUAGCACGGCAAAGGAGAAUAAUGUUGAGGAGGAUGAGGAACAUGAGAUCUCAGAAAACGGCCAAGAGGUUUUAGCCGAGCAACAAAUGUGCGUCCGAGCUCUGUAUGACUACCAAGCAGAGGAUGAAUCUGAGAUCUCCUUUGAACCUGGUGACAUCAUCAAGGACGUGGAAACGGUGGACAAAGCUUGGUGGAGGGGAUGGAGCAAAGACGGCCGUCAAGGCUUGUUUCCUGCCAAUUAUGUGGAGACCAUAUAGGCAGGCAGAGACACAAUAAGCCACCAUCAGACUAACACACACACACACACACACACACACACACACACACACACACACACACACACACACACACACACACACACACACACACACACACACACACACACACACACUCAGGGACACCAUCUCCCCUCACUUUUGUUCAUAUUUUUACCUUAAUCCUCCCACUGAAACUUUGUACUCUCUUUUCUGUGGGAAGGAAAAAAAAAAAAAAAGUGAGUCUCUGUUUUGU